GGUUAGAUGGCAUUAUAGAGCGAAUCAAUUGAAAAAGAGAAUGGAAUGCCAUAAAGUAUAAGUGAACUCAAUUGGGGUAGUUUAUGUUAACGUUUGAAAUGUGAUUAUAUACAAUGAUUGUGUGUGUACUUUGCGAUUACAAAGUUUUACUAUAAAAGAGAAUAUUGAAAUUUCUUUUUGUAUGAUUAAUUCCUGAAAUGGUGGAUCAUUCAGUACCAUCCGACAUACUCGACGAUUUAAGCAGUCGAUUUAUUAUCAACGUACCUGAAGAAGAGAGGAAAGAUUUAGUUCGAAUAUGUUUUCAAAUCGAACUAGCUCAUUGGUUUUAUUUGGAUUUUUAUUGUACAGAUGAAAAUCCAAAGUUGAAACCAUGUAGUAUGAGAGAAUUUGCCACGCAAAUCUUUUUUCAUAUACCGUUCCUAAAACCUCAUGUAGUUAACGUAGAUAGUAUUCUUGAACAAUGGCGUGAUUAUAAACAAAGUGUUCCGACCUUUGGAGCGAUUGUAUUGAACGAAGAUUUAACUAAAGUGUUACUUGUUCAAAGUUAUUGGGCAAAAAGUAGUUGGAGUUUUCCUAAAGGCAAAGUUAAUGAGGAUGAAGAUCCGUCUCGUUGUGCUGUUCGAGAAGUUUUGGAAGAAACUGGUUUUGAUAUUUCAAAUUUAAUAGAUGAACAUGAAUACAUUGAAGCGAUGAUAAAUGAGCAAUUGGUAAGAUUGUACAUAAUAUGUGGUGUACAAAAAGAUACAAAAUUUCAACCAAAAACAAGGAAAGAAAUAAAAAGUGUAGAAUGGUUCUCUCUCGCUGAUUUACCUAAUAAUAAGAAAGAUAUAACCCCAAAAGUAAAAACAGGAGUUGGUGCAAAUGCAUUUUUCAUGGUUAUUCCUUUUGUAAGGAGAAUGAGACGUUGGAUACAAGAGAAACAUUUACGUGAGAAAAAUGCAAACACUGUACGAAGACACAGACAUAAAUCUCUGGGUGACGUUGACACUGUUCCAAAGAAUAAACGGCAAUUACUUCCUCAUUCUGUUCAGAAUGAUAUUCCAAGCUUCAAAGAUGUUAAAAAUUUUCGACAAUGUAAUACUUCACCAGCAAGGAGUCGACGUGGCAUACAUGAUAGUAAAAACGUCAUGCCUAAAACAGCGAUCAAACGUAAUCUAUUCGGGGAACAGAAUGAAGAUGAAACGUCAGUCAUACUCGCCAAACAAUUAACCGACAGUCCACAAAAUCAACAAUCGUACUCAUUUUUAAUGGAUCCAGCUAUCCAGUCUGUAAAAUGCAAUGAUUUUAGUUAUAAAGCUCAAGCUAAAGUUCUAAGUAUGGAACCGAAAGAUCAAAUAUCCAGAGAAUUUCGGAAUGCAGAAUUUCCCGAUGGAAAUUUAAAAUCUUUAUUAUUUGGCAAAGCGGCAAAUAAAUUGCAGGCAGAUUUAAAAACUAUACCUUCUCCGCUUGUGGUAAUGAAUCCCAACGCAUCGCGUUUCUUCCCAAUAAAUCACGUGAAAGCCCAAAACCAUUCUAUGGAAUAUUGUUCAAUGACUUGGGCAAACUUUAAAUUUGACAAACAAGCAAUACUUGAUUGUUUAUAAAAUUAUUUUAAAAUGAUUUUAGAAGACAUAGUCAUACUCAGCAGGGUUAUAUCGCGAUGGUUGUACAUUUUUUGUGCAUACAUUUUAAUAAUAUUUAUAUAAAUUUAAAUGAUGGCAGAGUGUACAAAGGUUUAUAAUUAAAUAUGAUUUUAAACAUU